AUGCUGGAAAAGCCAGCUGUUCCAAAAGAAAAUCCAGUCUAUUCUGAGGUCAAGACAGGGAAGGCCACAGCAGCAACUGGACAUGCUGAGGUUGACCUUAAACAGAAGGCCAAAGCCAAGAAGAAGAAAGAAACAGAAACCCCACCUGAGGCAGAUUCGGUCUAUUCUCAAGUGAAGCCAUUCACAGCCCCAGAUCUGCAUCCUUCAUUGUCUCUCAGAAUAAGACCCAACAGAACUCAACACUUUACAUCAAAGUCUCUCUCACUAAGCUGUGAGGAGAAGGGGAACUCUACUGGAUGGAGACUGAAGAGAUACAGAGAGAGAGGAGUGGAGUCAGGGUGUGGCUCUAACUGGGGAUCAAUAGCAGGGUCCACAUGUACCAUCAGGUCCACACUUGAAAAGGACAGUGGAGUGUACUGGUGUGAGUCUGCAUCAGGAGAGUACAGUAAUGCUGUCAACAUCACAGUGGCUGCUGGUGUUGUGAUCCUGGAAAACCCUGCCCAUCCCAUGACUGAGGGAGACUCUGUGACUCUGCUCUGUACAAAUAGAUAUCAGGAAACAAACCCAAACCCCAAGGUUGAUUUCUACAAAGAUGGAGAACUCAUCAGGAAUGAGACCACAGGAGAGAUGACCAUCCCUGUAGUAUCCAAGUCAGAUGAAGGCUUCUAUAAGUGUAAAUCUAAUGAAGGAGAAUCACCAGAGAGCUGGGUGACAGUGAGAGGCAUAACUCCUGGACCCUCUACAUCAGUCCUAGUAGUAGUGGUUGUGGGCCUGGUUGUUGCUGGUGUUCUGCUGGCCAUUCUCCUGGUACUGCUGUGUCGAUAUAAAAACGCCAAAGGUUCCUGUUGUAACAGGAUAUUCACGUGA